AUGAAAGAAAAUGACUACCGGCUUUCUCUCUAUACAUGUAUAGUGAUAUUUCGCAAAGAGGCAUACAUUGUUUAUCAUUGUCAUUCUCUCAACCUCUCGGAUUUGAUCUGUUUCUUCAUCAUCCUCAUAAAACCCAACCUGUUGACCAUCAUCAUCAUCAUCAUGAAAAGGAAAGAAUAG